ACUGUUCAGACUCAGAGGGCUCCUAACUUAGUCACUCCUGCUGCCUGAUCUCUCUGCUGCUUUGUAGGACCCUCUAUAGCUGCUCAUCUCCCUUAGGAUCCUAUCACAUUAAGGAUUAUAAUUUGCUGCAUAACCUGAAUUUGGACAUAUUGAAAAAGUCCUGGUUGAAGACUAAUGUUUCACUUGUCCUGCGUGUAAUAUCACUCCUGAAGCAACAAGGCACCUACAGAUAGUGUAACAGCAUGGCUAUCUCAUCUCGCCUAGCACUGUGGGAACAGAAGAUCAGGGAAGAAGAUAGAGCACCAGCACCUACUUCUCCACCUCCAUUGCUCUCAGUCAUUCCUGGGGGCUUCAUUAAACAGCUGGUCCGGGAAACUGAGAAGGAAGCAAAGUUGAAAGAAAAAGAGUUGAAGGAAAAACCACCUGUCAAGCAAGAGCCCCUACCUGAAGCAUUAAAGUCUCCUGGUAAACUUAGCAACACACUCGUGCAGCAGUUUGCAUUUAAAGAGGAGAACAUAAUAAACGAUGAAGAUGAAAUGGCAACUAAAAAUAACCUUUUUAUGAAUGGACUCAAUGGGGAGAAGCCUCCAGGACAAAUAACAGAAAAACCGAGCAAAAGAAACAUUAACUUGAGGGUUCUAAAGAGUCCACCAAAGAAACAGAACAUGCCCCAACCCAGACCAAACACAGAGGAUCAAUCCAAGAAAUCAAAUGAUUCUUCUAGCAGCAAAUCUCCCCUCCCUGUAGAAGAGACUGUUCCCCAACAGGCAGUAGCAGAUAAUGUUUCAGUGGAAAGUCCAGAAUGUACUGUCUUGGACAACAAGGUUGAACAGGUUACUCCAGUAGAGCAUGCUGAUGUGAAUGAUGAAAGACAAGAGACUACAGUAGACAGUGCGUCUGAAGAGAAGAGCAACGAGGAUAAGAAAACAGAGGUCCAAAGCACAGAAACAAUCUUACAAUCAGAAAAGGUACCAGAAGAUGUGUGGUAUGAAACAGAGCAAGUUUGGUUUGUUCACAACGAUGGGUUUACACUGGCAACAGAACUAAAACCAGAUGAAGGAACACCUGAGUUACCAGACGGUAAAGUGAGGAUUCGUAUUGAUGCUGAAAACCAAGUUAUAGAAGUGGAUGAAGAAAAUAUUCAUAGGACCAAUCCAUCUAAAUUUGACUAUGCUGAAGACCUGACAACACUCAUCAGUCUCAAUGAAUCUAGCGUUAUAAACACCCUGCAGCAUCGCUACCAGUCUCAGCUUAUUCACACUAAUGCCGGACCAAACCUGAUUGUGCUGAAGCCAAGCGCCCCUAUUACAAAUUUUUCUACAAAGGUGUUUAAAGGGAAAAAGGACAGCAUGCCCCCUCAUAUCUGCUCAGUGGCACAAAAAGCCUAUUGGAAUAUGCUAACCCAGCGCCAGGACCAGACUGUUAUACCCUUGGGGAGGAGCAGCGCUGGAAAGUCAACUUGCUGCCAGAGUGCCCUGGAGUAUCUGGCCGGCACUGCAGGGACCAUGGAUAACAAAGUGACAGUGGAAAAGAUUCAAGCAAUGUUUACAAUCCUGAAAGCCUUUGGCUGUGUGUCCACAAGCGAGAACAACAAUUCUACCCGCUUCUCUAUGGUUAUGUCCCUAGACUUCAAUGCUGCCGGCCGUAUUACAGCAGGACAUUUACAGACCAUGCUAUUGGAAAGGAUACGUGUAGCUCAACAACCAGAUGGAGAAAGUAAUUUUAAUGUGUUUUCCCAGCUGUUGACUGGAGCGGAUUUGGAUCUUAGGUCAGAGCUUCUACUGCUUCAGAUGGCGGACAACCACUCCUUUGGAAUGACACCAUGCAUAAAGCCCGAAGAGAAGCAGAAGGCAUCUGCAGCAUUUGAACAGCUCCAAUCUGCCAUGGAAGCUCUGGGAUUCACAGCCAAUGAGCAGAGGUCCAUUUGGCAUGUGCUUGCAGGCAUCUAUCACCUCGGUGCGGCAGGUGCUUGCAGAGUGGGCAGGAAGCAGUUUAUGAGAUUUGAGUGGGCAAAUAAUGCAGCCAAUGUAUUGGGGUGUGACUGUGAAGAGCUUUCCACCUCAGUCUUCAAACAUCACCUAAAGCAGAUAAUUGAACAAGUAACUUCUGGAACAAGGAGCCGGGAUCAAGAGGAUGACACAAAGCAGGGUCCUAAAAUGACCGGUGUGGAAUGUGUUGAAGGAAUGGCAGCUGGACUAUACGAAGAGCUUUUUGCAUCUAUUGUUUCUCUUAUCAACAGGUCUUUGUCCUCUAGUCUUCUGACUUUGGCUUCCAUUAUGGUAGUUGAUAUUCCUGGCUUUCAAAACCCGCGUCACCAAAAAAAGGAAAGAGCGGCUACUUUUGAAGAACUUUGCCAUAACUACGUUCAUGAGCGUCUCCAAUGCCUGUCCUACAGCAGAACAUUCACUACUAUGUUGGAAAGGUUCAGAGAGGAAAAUAUUGAAGUGGCGUUUGACUUUCCGGAGGACUCACCAUUUGCCACUGUCUCUGUUAUUGAUCAGACGUCUUUAAAAUUACAUUUGCAGACAAGCAAUCAGAUGGAAGAGCAAAAGGGGCUUCUCUGGAUCCUUGAUGAAGAAGUUCUCAUGCAAGGCUCCUCAGACAAUACUGUCCUUGAUCGACUGGGUUCAUAUUUUGAAAAUCGAUGUGAGGAUAAACAAGAUAAUGGUCCCUUCCGAAAAUGUGAACAGCCACUUCAAUUUGAGAUUCUUCAUCAGCUAGGGAAAGACCCUGUCCGGUAUGAUGUUACUAAUUGGAUCAAUAAAGCCAAACUAAAUCUGUCUGCAGAAAAUGCCAUCCAAAUUCUACAGCAAUCCAGAAAUGACUAUGUGAAGGACUUGUUUUUGCCUCGAGCUAAGUUUCCAUUGAUCUGUCGCUCUAUUGCUGGCAUGGAGGGUAAAUCCCAGCAAACCUUGCAGAGAAUAAGCUGCGUAAGGAAAACCUUUGCCACCAGCUUUGCAGCUGUGAGGAGAAAGUCUGUGUGUGCCCAGAUCAAACUUCAGAUGGAUGCUUUGAUGAAUUUGCUAAAACGGUCCCAGAUACAUUUUGUACACUGUCUGGUGCCCAGACUGGGAAUGGAUGGCACGGAAUGCAAAACCUUACAACUGUGCAGAAGAGCAGCAGGAGAUCCAAUUAAUGCUCAUAUUGAUGUCCCCACUGUAAGAACUCAGCUUGCAGGAGCACAGCUUUUAGAUGCAAUGCGUCUCUGCAGGAUAGGCUACACUGACCGCAUGGGUUUUACAGAGUUUAGACUGCGCUUUCAAGUCUUAGCAUUAGAUGCUAUGAAGAAAUAUAAUUCCACCUAUGAACCAGUUGAUGAGAGAAAGGCAGUAGAAGAACUUUUCCAGCUACUUGACUUGGAAAAGAAGAGUGUGUUAAUGGGGCGCAGUCAGGUCUUUAUGAAAUCUGGAGUGCUGUCCAGACUAGAGAAGCAGCGUGAAAAAAUGAUUUCCCAAACCAUUAUCCUUUUCCAGUCCGCCUGCAGAGGAUUCCUUUGUCGGCAAAAAUAUAAAUCACUGAAGAUUCAGCUGAUUGCACUCAAGUGCAUUCAGAAGAAUAUUAGAAAAUUCUGUUGUAUCCGGAAAUGGCUGUGGUGGCAAAUUAUGUGUCAAAUUCGACCCUCGCUUAGUGUUAAUGUUGAUGAAGAAAAGUUCAGAGCAAAGGAGGAAGAAAUAUUUGCAAUAUCAAGAAAACUUGGAAAAUCAGAAAAGUCCAGAAAUGAGCUGCGCCAGAAUGUAGACCUGCUGGAAAGCAAGGUUACUGACUUAACAACUGAACUGUCGGAUGAACGAUUUAAAGGGGAAGUAACGUGUCAAAUUUUAGAAUCGGAGCGAGCUGAGAGAAUGAGGGCUUGUCGAGAUAUUAAAGAGAUGCAGGUAAAGUAUGAAUUGAUGCAGAAAAACCUGGAAUCAGUUUCAAAGCAACUAGAGGAAGCCCAGCAGCAAAUCCAACUUCGUGAACUUAACACAGGCAGCUCAUCAGGAGGUGAAGAGUGGCAGAUACGUUUUGACUGUGCUCAGACCGAAAUCAACUUUUUGAGGAAAAGGCUUACACAAUUUGAAGAAAGGCUUGAAUCAGAAAAAACAUACAGGAAAGAACUGGAGCAAAAGCUCAGUGAUUUGCAGGGUGCAUAUGAAAAUGCCAGGCGGACAGCUCAACAAUCAAUGAGGAAGUGCAAACACUUGACCUCCGACCUUGAGGACACAAGGGUGCUAAUGGAAAACCAGCAGAUCCGUAACCAUGAGCUGGAGAAAAGACAGAGGAAGUUUGAUAUGCAGUUAGCUCAAGCUAUUGGGGAAGCUGCUUUUGAGAAGAGUUUGCGUGAGAAAGUGACACAGGAAAAUACGUCCUGCCGAUGGGAAGUAGGAAAACUGCGACAGAGUUUAGAGCAAAAAGAAGUGGAAACCAGCAGAUUAACCAAACAGCUGGAAGUUCUGACAAGACAAGUAAAGGAACUGUCUUCUGCUGAAGGGUUGGAUAACAAUUCUGUGGCUUCACUUAAGAAGAAGGUGUGGGAGUUGGAAUCCAGUGUAGCUGAACAGAAUCAGCAGCUAGCUGAACAGUCCAACUCCAUACAGCACCUUGAACAGAUGCGCCUCCGUUUUGAAAUGGAAAUUGAGCGAAUGAAGCAGAUGCACCUGAAAGAACUGGAGGAUAAAGAAGAGGAACUGGAGGAUAUUCGUCAGUCGUGUCAAAGACGGCUUCGUCAGUUUGAAAUGCAGUUGGAGCAGGAGUAUGAAGAAAAGCAAAUGGUGCUUCAUGAAAAACAAGAUUUGGAAGGACUCAUUGGAACACUUUGUGAGCAGAUUGGACAUCGGGAUUUUGAUGUUGAAAAGCGUCUCCGCAGGGACUUGAAGAGGACACAUGCCUUACUUGCUGAUUUGCAGCUUCUGAUAGCUACAAUGGGAGAUUCUGGACCACCUGUUGAUCGCAAUGAAUUAGAGAAAGUUCACCUUCAGCUUGAAGAAAGUGAAGCAAGAUUUGCAGAAGCUCAGAAGGUCCAGAAAUCCCUUAGUAUGGAACUGGAGAGUUUUCAUAUGGAGCUUGACAACAUUACCAGGAAUAAGAAUAUGGUUGAUGAGCAAUUGUUCCAAUUGCAGCACGAGAAGACCGAUCUCUUGAAAAGGAUUGAUGAGGACCAAGAAGAUCUAAAUGAACUAAUGAAGAAACACAAAGCCCUUAUUGCCCAGUCAGCAAAUGAUAUCACUCAAAUUCGGGAGCUGCAGGCUAAGUUGGAAGAUACUCAAAAAGAAAAACAAACUAUUCAAGAGAAGCUGCGGGUAGCACAAAGCCGCAUUGACUUUUUGGAACAGUCCAUGGUAGAGCGUUCAAUUGUGAGCCGCCAAGAGGCAGUGAUUUGUGAUCUAGAAAACAAGCUGGAGUUUCAGAAAGCUCAGAUUAAGAGGUUUGAGAUGUUGAUUUUACGUUUGAGGGACAGUGUGAUAAAAAUGGGUGAAGAGCUGGAGAAUGCAGCAGAUUCUGAGGCUCGGGAGAAGGAGAAUGCCAAGUAUUACCAGCUCAGGAUGGAAGAGAUGAAAGUUGAGAUGAACGAGUUACUGCAGAGAGAGAUGGAGGCUUGCCGCAGACGUGUAGAACUGGAGACACAAGUAUUUGAGCUGUCUUCAGUAAGGCAGACACUGCAAGCCGAUCUAGAGACAUCAAUCCGACGUAUUGCAGAUCUGCAGGCAGCACUAGAGGAAGUUGAAUCAAGUGAUGACAGUGACACAGAAAGAGAUAACCAGUCUGUUGUGGGAUCGCUAAUGAGCAUGGAUCAAACAGAGAGUAUCCAAUCUUGGGUGGGUUCAUCAGCCAGUUGGGUGUCGCCAUCUGGAGGAAGCGCUGAUGGUCGCAUGUCAAGACAGUCCGUGUCUGAUAACCUGAGCGUUCAAAGUCUAAGGCUGAAAGACAGAAAUGAUCAAGAGUCAGUCAGAUCCAGUUCAUCAUUAAACUCCAGAGGAAGCACAUUUGCAAAUAACAUGGUGGCUCCUGAAAAUGAUAAAUCCACAAACCAAACUGAGCUAAAGAUGGGCAACGUAACACCUACAUUAGGUCGAAAAAAUACUUCAGUAGCAGUGGAGAAACUUCCCCGCUCUUCAUCUGCACUGUCUGAAUUUUUAGAUGAGCUGAGAAAGAAACGGGCUGCUGAGAAGGAUCAGGCCUCCUUAGUUUUAGAAGAGACAUCUUCAUUACCUAUUUACCGUACAACUGGUGCUUCUUCUCUCAGACGCUGUACAAAUUUAAAUAACAACGAUGAAGAGGAUUUCUCUGCUACUCUUAGCAAGCUGUCAGAUGAUAGCAGACUUUCCUCAAGCCAUGGAUUAAUACGUUCAUCAAGUCUUCGUUGCUUGCCAUCUGAUACUAGUGAUCCUACACUAUCACCUGCUGUUAGACGGAUGGCAAAGUUUGGCUCUUGUGAAUCUCUUCACCAACCUGAAAAUAAUGAAGGCAUUAAGAGCUCUUCACUGAAAACUUUGAGAAAAAGCUUUGAAUCACCAUUUGAAGAAAAUGAAAAUGAUUUUGGAAAUCAACCUCUUGUUUUCCAAAACAAAAGAUUUUCUAGCAUAGCCAAUGAAAACAAUGAGGAUAACUUAUCCAGUUGGAAUGUGCCAAAUCUCAGUUAUGAGAGGAAGUUACCAGAUUAUGAAGAUGAUAUCCUUCCAGCACUUCGGAAGGCUCAGUCGACGCAAAGUCUAAAUAGAUAUUCCAGAAGAGAAGGGCAACGUCCUCUUAGUGUCCAUUUUGGAGAUUUACCUUCUAGACUUUCUUUAAAUGAUUCUGGCCUUACUUCUGGAGGAUUGAAAAGUGCUCUAAAGAAAAGUUCAAGCACUAGCGAAGAUCUUGGGAAUCUUUCUGAUUCUUCUUCAUCUUCGGGUUCUGUGAUAUCUUGCAAAAGUGUUGAUAGCAUUAAAAGCAGGCCUAAAGUUCAGAGACUGGAAGGUGGAAGUAUGUAUGGAAAAACAAUAACAGGUGAAAAUGCACAGGAAAAUAAAAGGCCAGAAGCAGAAGGCAAAGAAGAUGAUGUAAAUAGCAUAAUGAUGAAAUAUCUACAAAAAGCAGAAAAACAAUAAGGCUUUCUAAACAGAGGGAUCUGGUGCAUUACAAAGGGAAUGUUGUGACUGCCGCAAACCUUCUGGGCGAGGAUGGCUCUGUAUCCGGACAUAGCACAAUAAUGCAAGGAUGAAUAUACAUUAUGACUACUAGAACACUGUUCUGUAAUUUGAUUGCUUUCUAACACGUAAAAGUGCUCCACAAUGAAAUAUUUUACUUAAAAUAAACUAAUAGCUUUCUCAA